GCGGGUAAGCAUGCACUUACUAAUCGAUAAGAAUGUCAAUGUCAAGUCAAAAUAGUCAAAUGUCAAAUCGAAAAAUGGAGCAGCGCUGAGCUGAGUUACUAUUUUAUUUUCUUCCUUUAUCAUAACUCAUAACCCAACCUAACCAUAUAAAUAGCAAUACAUUUCCCAUUCCUAAUUUAACAGUGCUAUUAUGUUACUGUAGUUUGUUAGAACAGUUGACCUCGUGCGAAAAACAGAUUGUUUAUAAAAAAGAAUACAGUCAGCUGAAUCAAUGCCGAAGAAAAAAGGGGACUGGAAAUGUUCAAAUUCAGAUUUUACGUUAAAAGACUCCGCAGACGCGCCAAAACCAAUCAGACGUCUGAAAAAAGCACAGAUAACAGAUACCGGUGAAGUAUCAUGGGACGAAAUGGCAGACUAUGACCUGGUCGAAGAGAUAGAUGCAGAGGGCUACAAAAGGUACAUAUACAAGAAAAAGAGCAAUGCGAAACUUGAAGUUGACAUAGACAAGCGGCCAGGUAUAGUAUACCCAGAAAUUGUAUUUUAUUUGAUUUCUGCAUAUAUCAAACCGGAGCAAAUAGGCAGUUUUGCUGCCAUAAAUAAAGCCUCAUACGCACGCACGCAACGGGAAUCAUUCUGGCGCAAUCUAUACAAGCGUUACUGUCAGGGCCAUCCACGGUUACCACCGAGAUUGAGGAUUGAGAAUAGUUUUAAAGUGUAUGGCUUAAAGCAGAGAGUCAUACGAGCGUUGCACCAUACGUACAGCGUGUUUGUACAUAAGAUUGAGCUUGAUGCUAUACAGGACAGUAGACCACACCGUCUGGUGAAACGUCGCUGCAUAAAUGUCUGGUAUAAUAAAGGACCAAUAUAUUGGCUGGUGUAUUUUAAGUUAAAGAAAGUGCCGCUGGAACGGCCGCAGACUGGAAACGGGAAUAUGUUGGAUGAGCUGGACAGGAUUGAUGCUAAUCCGGAUGAGGAUUGUCAAGUGUUGCAGGUGACCUGCACAAGUUUCCACGAAGUGCCACCACUCCUCGGCAUGACACUUAGCUCUGUCUCCGUUGUCCUCUCACCAGGUCUCCGCCACCACCGUCUCAGUCUCGGCUUUAGCACCAGCGCCCACAACAUCUCCCGGAACCUAGUGCCUGAUCAAUCUGUUGUCAUAGACACCGUUGUGACUAUCUUUGUGUUUGACUGGUGGCACCCGAAGUACCCGCAUUUUGAUAAUACUCUGCCUGCGAGGGUGAAGGAUGAGGAGUCUAUGCCGGUGUUGAAGAAAGAGUUCUUUAAUAUGAGUUUAGCGGAUUGAUUGAGGUCGUUUGGUGAUAUGUGCCGUUAUUGUGCUGUUUUGUUUAACCAUUUGACCGCGAAAUACGUCAAUUGACGCGCGCGGCUAUAGCUCAAUAUAAACCUUCGUGCAUUCCAACAAGGUUAAAAAUAACGCGCCGCAUACGAUGGGCGAUUUCAAACCCACCAUAAAAAUCUAUAAGUAAAUAUAAUUUCGACUUUUAUAUCAAAUUCAAGUCAUUCAUUUUAAUGACAUUUUUUACGAUGGUUCAAUUUUGUUGAACUACGUCCUUUUGUUAUACAGGUUAGGACCGAAUAACUCAGGGAACUUUAACCGCGUAUUUGACGUCAUUUCAGACGGUAUUUUAUUAACCCUAGAGUGUUCGCGCUAUGAGCAUUUUGCCGCCCGAGGUAUUUUAUGUACUAGUGUAAAACUAAAAUAAAAACUUUUUCUAAUAGUUUUUGAAUUAUUACAUCCCGUAAAAAUUAUAACUGUUUUAUCCACUAUUAUAAACAAAAAAUCAUCUUAAGUUUGGGUGGCAAAAUGGGGAGCGGGGCGAUGUACGGAAAGUCGCGACCCUGUUUAUGUACUGGCUAUAGGUAAUUUUUAUGUUGCUGAAAGGAAAAAAACCAAAACAAUUGUGUUUGAAUUUCUCAUAUACGAUUUUAAUUUUUAUGGUGUGGUACAUAAGGUCAAAAAUGUCAAAAUGGUGGAAAUAUGAUUUGGCAGUAUCAUUAGUGGAAUACUCUUGAUUGUGAUAUUUUAUCUUGCAUAGAUAGAUAUUAUUAUUAUUUGGAUGUUAUAUUGGAGGUCUAUUCCUUGAAAUUGUAAUUUACUUCUAUAUCGUCGAAUUUAGUCUUUCUGACAUUGACGUAAGGUCUAAUUUCAUUUGGUCUGCAUUACCACUAGACCUAUGAGUAGGUAUCGGCAUUAGAGUUGAGGUCACGCACACAACAACAUAUCAUGCAAUGAGUAUGACAGUCAGAUUUGGAACUUGAUAUCGCCAUUGAUAUAGCGGAGGGCGCAUACAACAUAGUACAUUCUAUGUAAUAUAAUUAUAUAAUAUUUGAUCUCCAGGGGUUUUAUUUGGGUUCAAGCGCCCUCACACUCACACGUGUGAUACUAGCUCAAUUUGGGUCGUAGCGACUCAGUAUCAGACGUGUGUUACUAGUGUUACUACUGAUCAAUAUGGGUCAGAUUGCUUUGCAUCAAUUUGUUGUUUACAAUGUACAUUACAAUGAUGGUCGUUCGACGAUAGUAAUUCGUGUUACUAGAAGCUUACGUCCUAAAUUACUGUGCCUAAACAUUUGUAUUUGAGUCUCUUUUGUACUGAGAUGAUAUGAGUUGACAAUAUUAUUCUUAUGAUAUCAAGAUUAGUAAAUGUCUAGCUGGUAAAUACCCCUCAGACCGAUUCUGAUUUAGAGUAUUGUUAUGGUUUUGAUAUUGUUUUGAUACCACCUUGAAAUGAAGGCGUGCGUGAAAUGCGUACCAAUCACCAAGACGAUCGUCAAGCUAUAAUUCAAGCAAAAUCAGAAGUGGCCUACUUGUCGGAAGUUCUAACCCAAUAAAAUAUGUAAUAAAUGUGGUAUUAGAAACCCCAUUUUCCGUGCCUCUAUACCUACAAUGACCAUUCUUAGAUUUGAAGUAUCUAUGUCAAUGUGAAAAUGUAUCAAUAGUAUGGUCAGUUCUAUAAUUUAUGUUUAUGUAGUUAGGUGAGUUAACUUUUUACUUAGUGACAUGCGUUAUUAUGGGUACGUUCACAGGAAAACUCUCAAAACUCCAUUGUAUGGUGUUUAUAUUUGCCAUACACAAAAGGUAGUCGUCUACCAAGUAUGUUAGUAGCACACGUGAUACAACAUUUCUUCUAGCAAACUGUACCACUAAUGUCCCUAAGACAACGGGAUUUUUUUUACUUUUUUUUAAUUUUUUUAGGGAUAGAAUAGCAACACAAAAGACUCAACAAGUUUUACGUCUUCUGUACAGUCUUCAUCAGAUAUAUCGGCGCGGCUAAGGCACUCACAAAUAUCUGAACACGCCUCUAUUGUCAGGGCGUUAUUAGAUUGCGUGUUCAGAUAUUGUGAACACCUUGGUCGCUCCGAUAUCUCUGAUGGCGACUGUACAGUCAGCAGCAAUAGUUGCUAAGCGGGCGAGGUGUUUAAACUGAUCUUGACGCGACUUUAUUGUUAAGAUAAUAAGAGCGCGUCAAGGUAAUGUUGAACACCUCGCCCGCAUGGCAACUUCUGCUGCUGACUGUUCCUAACUAGCGAAGAAGUAGAACUCGCUAAACAUAAAGUCCUACCGUACUUUAGAAUAAUAAACGUUAGAUACUUGUAGCUACCGUCGUGCAAGUUGCGGAAAGUUUCCAAAAAGUUGGAAUGGUUCUCGUAUAUUUCAGAAACAUUUCACAGGAAACAAAGGAAACUUUCAUUUUGGAAAUUCAAAAUAUAGAUAGUAUCGAUACCGAUACAAAAAUAUGAGUUUCCGAAGUUUUUCCAAGGCCUGCACAUAAUUACCUAGACCCUUGUGAGACUUGUCUAAAUUGUCUAAUCAAAAUAAGACUAGUUAUGGCCUAAAAUAAUAGAUAGAUUAUUUUUAUGCCAGUUUUUCUAGAAUUAAGAUACAAUGUUGAGCUUAAACCUGUUGUUCUCGGUAAUAGCUAAGAUCUAUUGAUUAUAUAGAAGGUUUGUAAAGUCUGAGACAGUUUCCUGAUUAACUCCUAGAACGCCUUUGCUACUGAAUCAAUAACCAUGAAAUUGUAAAAUACAGUUCAAAUUGUCUGUGACGUAUACGGGACAAGGCGUUCGGCGGGUUAAUACCUAGAUAUUUGACAGCUGAUGUAGAUGGCGCUGCUCGGCUCCGUACAUUAUUUGGUGCCCACAAAAGUUUUCAAAACGUAUUUUCGCAGUGCAGCGCCGUCUAGGUCUGCUGCCAUAGAAAUAUUUUUUCUUAAGCUUUACUUCUCUUUUAGGUACUAUCGAUAACCACAUAGUUACAUAGAUUCUAGUACUUCAAAGAGUAUUCAUUUACCUACUAUAAGUUGAUGUUCAAAAUAUAUAAAACAGUGUUGUUCUGCACAGCUUUAAGAUGAUCAACUAUGGAAUAAAUACAACUCUGAAACUGAA